UGUUUUCCCAUCAAAUAAUACGCUAGAAGUAGAUUUUAAAUAUUGAAAUAAAUAUUCUAAGCAUAUAGAUUGUCUUUUCACUAUGUCAGAUGGUAAACGCAGAAGAUAUCGCAAAGCUAAACAAACCGAAGAUAAACGUCCCAUAAUACUAGCCAAGCGCAAUGUAGACGAAGAACCUUCAUCUUCUGUACGACGCGGAAAUUCUGACGUCGAAUUACAGCCAAAAAUUUUGCUUAAACCACGCACUGAGAGCAAAGAUGAUACAGAGGUGGCCUCAGUGUCUUCAGGUGCAAGCUCCGCGCCAUUGAAAACCAUUAUCGUGACACGUAGUGGAAUGUCAGAGAGUCCACGUUUAAGUGGUGUAAGCCCAGUUAAAGAACAUCAGCAGCAGACACAACAACCGAAUGUGUCUACGAAUGAAGCAAAUAAUUUAGCUGCAAAUGUACAGAUAGUCGAACCCUUGCCACAAAUGACGCGACCGUCAACAAUUAUAUCGUCAACUGGUGUUAUAAAUGCUACCACACGAAAAAUGCUUAUGAAAGGAAAUACCGAUUUUCUGGUAGUUGGUGUAAUUGGCACCCAGGGAGUAGGAAAAUCAACCAUUAUGAAUCUUCUAGCCAAUGAUGAUAUGAAUUGUGAUUACCAACAGGAAAUAUUUAUAAACGAAGGUGGUAUCUUUCCGACUAAAUUAAAGCAACACAAGUGCUAUGCGCGUUCACGUACAGAAUCUACUCAUAUGUUUAUCACCAGCGAUCGCUUAAUAUUGCUUGACAGUCCGCCGGUAAUGUGCAAUUCUUAUCGCAAGGACAUGACAACCAAUGAGUUGGAUGAUUUACGUCAACUAAUAAGUUUUUUAUCUGUUUGCCAUUUGUUAAUUGUGGUACAAGAUGAUUAUUUUAAUAUGAAUUUUAUACGUUUGCUGCAAUUUGCUGAACUUAUGAAACCCUCACAUGAUAAUAAGCCAUUCGUUAGUGACUACUAUCCGAAUGUGCUUUUUGUAAAAAAUCGUGCAAAGCGACAGGAUUUUGUGCCAAGUCAGAAGGAACGCAUGAAUCGCAUGUUACGUGCGCUCUUUAAAGAUUCACAAUUGCGUAUUAACGUAGGGCAAACGGCUGAGCAAAAGCAAAAGAAAACUCGUACGGCGGAAGCAGAGAAACAAGUCAAUGCGUUUCUUAUACCGGAAGUUGAUGAACAUUACAAUUCCACAUUCCACAAACCCCUGGAUGAAAUUAUUGCCGACUUUCGUUCGCUUGUCUUCAUGACACCACGUAAUGAUAUGUAUGCAGGCGCUAGCGAAUUAACAGAAGCGAUAUGGUUUGAGUUGCUCACAAAAGUAGUGCAGGAGAAGCAACACUUUUUUAAUACCUAUGAGGAAAUACAGCGGAAACAUUUGGAGGUUGGCAAUAUGCAGAUUAGUGGUCAGGGUGGUAAGGAUGCGCAAGAGAAUUGGAGAGAUCAAUAAAAGAAAUUUGAAUAAAAAAUUAA